CUUCAUCAGUAAGUAAUUCAGUAUAGUCAGCAUCAAUGGCAACCAGGUAUUGCUAACUGCAAUUUGCACAUGCAAAAGCUGGUCACCAGCAGCAAGAGCCUCUGCUUUCUCUCUGACGGGCAUGCAUGGCCCCAGGGUUGCAGUGGUCACCGGAGGGAACAGAGGAAUCGGGCUGGAGAUCUGCAGGCAGCUGGCGAGCAACGGCGUCCUCGUCGUCCUGACAGCCAGAGACGAGAAGAAGGGGUCACGGGCCGUGGAGGAGCUGCAGAGCGCCGGCCUCUCCGACGUGGUUUUCCAUCGGCUGGACGUCGCCGACCGGCCGAGCAUCGCGCAGCUCGCCGAGUUCGUCAAGCGCAGAUUCGGCAAGCUCGACAUCUUGGUGAACAACGCAGGCGUCGCUGGAACCACCAUCGAUCCUGAAAGGUUAAAAGAUCUCCAAAAGCAGGAUCCUAAGGCAGGUUUUCGAGCGAUUAUUUUUGGAUGGUUUCUUACAUUUUGCCAGCACACACACACACAGAAAAAAAAAGAACAGUGUCUGAGUUCAGCUGAUAAGGUAUACUGCAUUUACCAUGGUCCAUGGCUGUAGGAAGAUUUGAAAACUUUUGUUGAUGGUUACAUGGGAAGUCUGCAGCAAAG